UGCCUCAGGUGCUGCCCAAUCACGCACGCCCAGAUGUCGUCACGUGUACAGUUCAGCCAAUGGGAUCAGAGCAGAGACGAAUGACGUCACGUCCAUGUCGGUGAAUGGAAGGAGCUUUAAGCUAGUCAUGAGCUGAGCUACCGCCGUGACAUUUCACAUAUAAAGGUCUACAUUCCGCAACCAAGGAGGCAUUUAAAGAGGUCAGCAUCAUGGGUGAACCACAGCAGGUGAGUGCCCUGCCUCCUCCACCUAUGCAGUACAUCAAAGAGUACACGGAUGAAAAUAUCCGCAAGGGUCUGGCUCCUAAGCCACCUCCACCCAUCAGAGACAGCUACAUGAUGUUCGGCAACCAGUUCCAGUGUGAUGAACUCAUCAUCCGGCCACUGGAGAGCCAAGGCAUUGAGAGGCUCCAUCCGAUGCAGUUUGACCAUAAACGGGAGCUUAAGAAGCUCAACAUGUCCAUUCUCGUGAACUUCCUGGACCUGCUGGACAUCCUCAUCAAGAGCCCCGGCAGUAUAAAGCGCGAGGAGAAGCUGGAGGACUUGAAGCUUCUGUUUGUACAUAUGCACCACCUGAUAAAUGAGUAUAGGCCACAUCAAGCCAGGGAGACAUUGAGGGUGAUGAUGGAGGUGCAGAAGAGACAGAGGCUGGAGACAGCUGAGAGGUUCCAGAAACAUCUAGAGAGGGUGGUGGAGAUGAUCCAGGGGUGCCUUGCCUCGUUACCUGAUGACUUGCCACAGAUGGAGGGUCCGGAUGGUGCUGGUGAUGGGACAAGGAGCGUGUCUGCUGGAGCUAGUGUUGGUUCAUCUGGACCGGCCCCCAGGCUAAAAACUGAACCCAUGGAUGUAGAGGAGGCAGGUGCCAGCUGUAUGGCAGCAGGUCACCAGGACAAGAGCAUCCCUACUUCAAAGAGGGACAAAAUGUUGGACAACGAUGCUGCCAUGUGCAAUAUUAUUGAUGAAAUAGCUUAAUGUGUCUUUUGAGUAGUUGUUUCUUUUUUGUACACCUAAACUGUGUUUGCUUGUUUUUUGUAUGCCGUAUGAACAUAAAGUAUGAAAACGUUUGCUGUGUUUUCACUGGGCUUGAAAUCCUAUCUGGAGUUGGAUGGCGUUUUAUUAUUUAAAAGCCAUUAUGUAAAAAUGUCCCUGUGAAGAUAUUUGAAGAAUGUAAAUAUUACACAGAUCAACUGGGGUACUUACUUGUAGUUUUUGUAAUAAACCAAUAAAGACAUUUCCAAUUCCAG